CCGGUCUCCGUUUUGUCCAACGUGUGUGUACUCCUCUAAUGUGUUCUGUAAUUGUACCAACGACAGAAAUAAUGUCAUCUGCGGAGAGCCAAAUGGAAAACAACUGUCCGGAAGAAGAGCUGAAAGGGACCAAACGAAAGAUUUCUCUUUCCAAUUGUGGCGUGUGUGGAUCAGAAGAGGCGAAGUACACAUGUCCAGCCUGUCUUGCUCAUUCCUGCAGCUUGCUGUGUGUGAAGAAACACAAGGACGACUCGGGAUGCAGUGGAGUCAGAAAUAAAACGGCCUUUGUGACCCUCUCAGAAUUUGAUGAGAUGGCACUUCUCAAUGACUACAGGCUUCUGGAGGAUACGGGACGAUUUGCUGGCGCUGCCACCAGAGACAAACUCAUCCAAACUCCUCGUUCCACUUUAAGAGCAAAGAGGCUGGCAGCCAACGCCAGGAAGAUGUUUAUCAUGUUGAGGUUCCUUCCCAUCACCUUCACCAAGAGCAAAGAAAACUCGACUAUCUUCUUCUCCAAAGAGAAAGUGUUCCUGUGGCACCUGAAGGUCAUCUUUCCUCAGAGCAGCACAGAGUUCAGUCAGAGGAGGGUGUCCGACAGGCAGACCCUGGAGCAGAUCUUGACCCCUUACAUCCACCCUACAGAGUCGGACCCUGUGACACGCCAAAAGUUGAAGAUGUAUGUGCGCACUCCGUUUGAUCACCUGAAGGUCUUCAUGAAAGCAGAGGGGAGAAAGGCUAACUCUGUCAGGUACCAUGAGUUGGACAUUCGCAAGACCCUGAGGGACAACCUGAGCUACAAAACACUCAUUGAAUAUCCUGUGCUGCAUGUUGUACUCAGAGACCAUUGGAAGGAGUUUCCACUAAAAGGACCGGGGUGGACACAUAUACCUGAACCUGCCUCAGCCUGCAAACGUUUUGCAUUAAAGAAGGAGGGGGUGGACCAAGACAAGGAGGGUGUCGUCAAAGUUUCACCGUCCCUACAAGGAGCUCGCAACCCCGAGAUCUGGGCAGGAGCCCCAGAUACCAGCCCUGAACGUCAACGUCCACACGUGAAAAGGGCCAAGUUAGAAGCAGGGAAGGGAGAUCUAGAGGAGGGAGAGAUAGACAGCAGUGAUGAAGAGAAGGAGGAGGAAGGAAAAGCUGAAGAAAACUCUCCAUGUGGUAAGAGCUGUGACGGCCCUGCUACUGACAUGGAGGUCAUUAAAGACGAACUAAACGACGGCGUGGACGGUAUUAAUUAACACAGCGACAGCAGCAGGGCACCAGUGUAUAACUGAGAACAUCUCUGGUUCCUUCUGAUGACAGUUGAGCUGUCGGAAAAGAGUGCUGAGGUCAGCAUGACUAAGGAUGAUGCUGUGAAAUAGUCUGAGCCUGUUCAUAUCCAUCACUGUCACGAUGAAAAUGAGUCGGCUAUUGCUGCCGACAGCUGUGGACUGGAAUGAUAAUGCCCAGAUGUUAAGGGUGAAAUGAAUGAGGAGGCAGAUGCAUCUGCCAGGAAGUCAUCAAUCUUGUGUCAGUAUGCAGCGGAUGCAAACGGACGGUGGUUGAUACCUCUGUAUCAUAUAAAUGGAAUCAAUUCAGUGUUGAUGUUUAUACAUUUUGUUGUUUUUCUGCAUUUGUGUUAUUCUGCUGCUCUUCUGUGGACCAAACAUAAAAAAUAUCAUUUUAAGGUCAUCUCAUCUGUAUGUUUUAGUUCACUUGGCUGCCUUUAUAUCUGCUGAUCUCUAGAACACUUAUCUUGAGGUACGUUUAUUAGCUCGUCUGGAGCUUUUUGAUCGUCUUCAUCGGACCUCAUCUGUUCAUAGUGAUCAUGAGAUACGAUCGAAAGCUCCAGAACACCUAAUAAAUGGACCUUGAUGCAAGUUUUGUUUUUUCCUGCUUCCAAGAUCAGUACAAGGACACUUUAAAACUCAAUUUUAAGCCAACUUUAGUGAGAAUUCAUCAAACUUUGUGUAUCGACAUUUAGGCAAACUCCAUCUGCUGGUGAAGAUCAUGUGAUAUAAUUGAAAGCUCAAGUACUCUACUGCUAAUUAAUGUCAUUAUAUAGCUCGUUUGUGACCAGAUGGUAUUGUUUGAUUGAAUGUCUCGUGCUACUUUGUGCCUUUAGUGUUUUUAGCUAUUUCGGAUCUUCUUUUUCCUGUCGUGUAACGAGUCGCGGCGUCUUGAAAAACGCUUUAUAAAAGAUCUAUAAUUAGAAAGCUCAGCGGUUAAAGAGAAGUCUUUGUGUUUUAAUUUGUAAUUACGUUGUGUGUCCCUCUUUUGACUCUUUAUUUUAAUUGAAAGCUAAAGCAAACCACUUUGAAGUUGAACUAAUUUGUCCUCUGUGUCAAGCUUCAGUGAGAUUAGUCUCAUUUUUCCAUCAGCUAAUAAAAGUUCAUGUUAACAUG